CAGCAGCAGAUAUUUUGGUGUUAGUAUUUUAUUUAUUUAUUUAUUUUAUACAUCCAGAUGGUGGCAGUAAUGCACCUUUAAGAUGGUUUUGCCAUCCACCAAUAAACACCAAAGAUGAAGUAAAGAAGAUGAUGAUCCCUCCCUACAGUUGCUAACCGUGUUAGCAUCUCUGUCCUUGCCACCAUGGUUGUUUGCUGCUAAUGUCAGUCUGUUAAACGGGAGGUCGUCAUUUCAUUCUCUGAGGAACGAGACACACACACACUACAGCUUUUAAAAAAGUGACGUGGAAGCUCCACAAUGGUGAAAAUAUUCAUUGGGAACUUGUCACCAGACACUACAUCAGAGGAACUACGCUCUCUCUUCUCCCAAUAUGGCAAGAUUGGAGAAUGCUCCAUUGUCAAGAACUUUGGCUUUGUGCACAUGGAUAGCAAGUCUGAGGCGGAAGAAGCCAUCAGCAAUCUCCACCACUAUGAGCUAAAUGGCCAGCCUAUGAAUGUAGAAUUGAGCCGCGGCAAGACUAAAGGAUCCACUAAACUACACGUCGGCAACAUUGCCUGCACCAACCAGGAGCUGAGGGCCAAGUUUGAAGAGUAUGGCUCCGUGGUGGAGUGUGACAUAGUAAAAAACUAUGCUUUUGUUCACAUGGAUCGAAUGGAGGAUGCCAUGGAGGUCAUUAAUCAGUUAGACAACACGGCUUUUAAAGGCAAACUGAUGAGCGUGAAGCUUUCGACUAGCCGCCUGCGUACUGCGCCGGGAAUGGGAGACAGAUCGGGUUGUUAUCGUUGCGGGCAGGAAGGCCACUGGUCCAAAGAAUGCCCUCUAGACCAAAAUGGCUACCACAGAAACGGCUCAGAGCCAACGUCUGAUGGAUACGAUGACUCGAGAUUUGGCGGGCAUGCUCGCAACAGGGGUUAUCAUCCGGACUUCAGUGGCGAUCCAGAUUAUGGUGGCGGCUAUGCUCCUGUACAUGGUUUUUCCCGGGGUUCUGGUCACAGCAGCAGCAUGGCAGGGUACAGACGGGGUUCAGGCUAUGAGAGUGCAAUGAGAUACGGGCCACACCCAGGUUACGGCAUUAGCGCCGUUGCUGAACAUAGCAUGCCUCCGAUGUAUGGCAGCGAGGCGGCAUACAGGAGCAACGGCUCACUCUAUGGCGCGGUACCAGCCUACCCGAUGCGACGGUCGCCUUAUGAGGAAAGGGAUCCGUACGGGGUCGUGGACUACUACGAGAAGUUCAGGGCCAAUGCCUACGGAGGCAGUUAUUACGAUGAACGUUGCGCUGUCCCCUUGCCUGCUCCAUCAACAUCCUCCUCUUCAGCUUUAAUGAGGGAACGUCUGCCCCCCUCUAGCCACGACCCAUACGAGUGCCCUCCCCUCCCUCCUCCACCAGCCCCAGUCUCCUCCUACUACGCACGAGACCGGAGUCCGAUUCGGAGAGUCCCUGUCGAGGCAGAUGGAUACGCAUAUGAGCGUUCGCGCCUUUCUCCGAUGCCGGCUCCCCCAAGAAGUUCUUCCUAUGAUCACCCCGGCGCUGAGCGGGCACGAUAUGCAUACUAAUCCAUGUCCCAUAGAGCCAGGUGAGAGCUGUCUGACGUGUAGUGGAUAGGAUAGCCUAAGUGCCAUUGGAAUCGCUGAAAAUGAAACAUCACAUCUCAUUGGUAAUAUCAAAGGCAAAAGUCAGCCCUCUGUGUACGUGAGGUGUUUCGGUAGUAAGAAUAAGGCUAUAAUAAAGCUUACCAUCCAUAAUAGCCAAUGAGUAGAUUUCAAUGUGAAUGGUUGAAUGCCCUCAUUCUCAUUCCAGGUACUUCAAAAUGCAUAACAACUACAGCUAAGUUGACCACCAUUCAUUGUGCUAUUUACGUGUUGUGAUAUUGGUGCAGUUCUGAGAUGGCUUAGCCUAAGUGCAGAUACUGGGUUUAUCUACAACCUGGUCAACAUCUAUUCAUGCGACUAAGAACUGAAUUUUUGCCCCUCUGAAAGUAGCUACAUGUUUAUACGCUAUUUAGAGUCAGUUAAUAGAAGUAAAUUACAUUAGUGCAUGGUGCAUGUUUUAAAAGUUAGUCACAUUAAUUGAUUUUUUUUUAUUUCAGCAGCAUUUGUUGUAUUACUAUGUGCAUUUUAGUGUAUUUGUGUUUGUGUAAGUUUACAUUGUUACUGCAUAUGUAUAGCAAUGGCAAAUCAAAUUCUAGUAGUGUAGGCUUCAUCACCUACAUUGUUUAAUCUGUGGGCUUAAAUAUCACACCUGUAUCAGAUAUGGACCUUCACAGUUUAAAAAAAAAAAAUGGUUAUACUUAUAUAUUUUAGUUAUAUAAAACCUUUUGUGAAAUUAAGUUUAAGAACUUUUUAUCAAGCUGCAUCGUGAACAUUGUUUGUUUUUGCCAAUAGGCGCAUUACAUUAAGUAGAUUUCCAUUGCUGUGAUAAAUAUGAGCCUUCACAUCUUGAACAUUUGUUGGAGUUUCAUAAUGCUGUCUGUCUUUAUUUCUAAUGAUGAGGUUAAAAUUAAAAAAUCUGUUAGUCUGAAAACUG